AUGAAUGUAGUCCAUGAAGCACUGACCAAGGAACUGUCAUGCCCCGUGUGUCUGGAGAUGUUCACCCCUCCUGUGCUGGAGCUGCCCUGUGGCCACAACUACUGCAAACAAUGCAUCGAGGCAACGCUCUUCUCCCAGAACUGCACCCACGUGAAUGGUCACUUCUUUUGCCCCAUGUGCCGAAAACUCACGUACCUGCGUGGAAAAGGGAUCGGCAUUUUAAAACGGAACAUUUUUGCGGAAAAUGUGCUGGACAAGUUUAAGCAAGAGUUGGAAAUUAUCUGCAGCAAACAGCUGAGCCAACAAACCCAAAUGUGUGAGAAGCACCAAGAGGAACUCAUGAAUCUGAUGUGCCUACACGACGACAUACCCAUAUGCAGCAUUUGCAAGCUGUUUGGAGAUCACAAAUGUCACAGUGUUGCUAAACUCUCCGAUGUUUAUCAGCAAAGAAAGAAAUGUUUCACUGAAGAUAUGAAGUCUCUUCACAUGAGGAGCGAGAGCGCGUCAAGAACCAUCCAGGAAAUUGAGAAGCUGAUGAACGACACGGUGUCUGCCUGCAAAGACACAAAGACGAUGAUCGACGCCGUGGGAGCCAGUCUGCUGACAGAACUGAAGUCCAAAAUUAACACGCUGAAAAUGAAAGUAGAGAGCGAGAGGGUGCAGAAGAUGGAGAAGCUGCAGGAGACUUUGGCUGCCCUCCACGGUCCCACCCAGCUCUACCUGCAGAUGAAACGCCUGCUGGACUCCCACUUGAACCCUGUGCACUUCCUCAAGGAGGACAAGCUGCUCCGGGGUGAAAUGGCCAGGUUUGCCCAGCAGGAGGGCCUUCCCCAAAUCCCAAAGGAAGGCAGCAUUUCAGUCUCACAAUACUUCAAGGAGCUGGUCAAGGGGAUCGACAUGAAGGACUUUGUCUCAUCAGAGACGAACAAGUUGCUGCUAAGGAGUGCAGAGGAGCACAAUGCCUGGAUGUCAAGCUGCUCAAACCUAAAUGUCCCCUCGGCAGAGGAGCUGGACGAGAUCAUACACAAAAUUAUAUGCAGUUUGGGCUUUAAAAGCAAAGAGGCAGACGAGAGUUAUGACGAAUAUGAAUCUUUUCUAUCGACCUCAAGUGCAACCAGCUGCCUCGAGACAGCCCAGGAGAUGGAGGUGCUGCCACUGGACAGGAUAGACUUGUAA